CUGAAUCGAUUCCGAUUAUCUCUAGAAAGCUUGAAGUAAAACACACAGCUCUUGUUUAUUUCGAAAGGACAACAAAUGAAACCUAUUCCAAAUAUCCUCGAUCAACAAAUUUCGGUUUAACACGAGGCUUGUGAAUAUCAUCGAAUAAGAAAUACGGUCACCAAAACUUCUCAAGAUCCACUUCUUUUCCAAACCAAGCAUGACAUCCCAUCAACUUUCUCAAUCAACAAACCCAUUAAUCUCACUCAGAAAUGCAGCUCAAUCUUUAAAUCGAACUAAUCAAAAUUUGAAAUCAUGUGUUGAAACUUUAAGUCAAGUUACUUCACAAUUACCCAGAACAAUGACGAUCACCAAAAACACUCAAUUUUUUGAAUUAGUUUCAGUUUCAGAAAUCAAACAAGCUCGAUUUUUAGCAAGAAAUGAAAUGGAUCCCGAAAUCAACAGUUUAUUAAUCAAAUCAUCAGAAGGAUUAAAAAGAUUACAAACUCGUGAACAACUUUUAAGAACAACUAUUGAGAAAAGAGAUUUAGCUUAUGUAGAUGAAGAAGAAACAGUUGAACAGGAAGAAGAAGAAGUUGAAGGCAUAGAAGAAAUGAAUCAAAUCAGAUUAGAGAAAAAGGUUUUGAUUGAUGAAUUAAAUAAACUUGAAAAACAAAUUGAAAAACAAACCAGUUUGAUAAACUCGGUCUCAUCAGUUCCUCAUUGACAUUGACAAGCACAUCCUAUUUGAUCUCUCGCUUGUUUCUUUGUUACUUGAACUUUAUCCAUGUAAACCUUGUUUACCCUUGUACAACUUGUAUGCGUAUUAUUACUUCAUGGAAAAACGAUUCGAAAAUUUCCGGCCAUUAUUGUCUAGUCUAGUGCUCCUACUCUUUGUAAAUCCACUUCAAUAACUUAUAAAAAUUGAGUUUUUUAAAAACC